GGUAUUAUCGGAAUAUAUGGCGCUGCCAACUUGUUAAUUAUAGCAGCUGAUACUUUUUUUUAGCGUGAGAGAAAUAAUAAUAAAUAAAUAAUGCUGCGAUGGAAGUAAAUCCUUUGGCUGUUAUACUUGUUUACUUCGAUAGCAAAGGCGACCGCCUGCUGUAUCGGUAUCCCUACCAUACACUCGGCCAACCGCACAAGUUAGAAGAGCCGCGAGAGGAAUUAGUCAACAAGAAACGAAAUCCCUUCGCUGUCGCUCACACAGACGAUUUACUGCAGACGCCCACGCAACAAAGCCAAAAUCAAGGCACAGGACAGCUGCAGGGCUUUGCAGAUGAUGUACUAUCCGCACUAUUUGCUGUCAAGCCCCAAUUGUGCAAUCAGAAGUUUGAGCUUAAACUAAAUGACGUACGCUUCGUUAGCCAUCCAACUUUAAUUAGUUCAGCUUCCACAGUUCAAGCAAACGCGAGCAACAAUCAGACCCUUGCAACCAGCUCAACAGCCGCGAGUGCGGCCAAGAAGCAACAAAUGCUAAUAAACAUUGUGUUUGCGCUGCAUGCACAGGCCAGCUACUCCAUAGUCAAGUGCUAUCAUGAGCUGAGCAAGCGCUUAGGAUUGGCGCUCAAGUUCGAGGAGCAACACAGCGGCUAUCUAACCGAGCAGACGGCUCUGAUGGCGCGCACACACGACGAGCAACAGCAGCAGCCACUGGAGCGGACGCUGGAGCUGAUUGCCGAGCGGUGCAGCCUGGCGCAGGCCUUGAAAUCCAUUUGCAAUGAUCUGUGCACCACUGGACUGCUGAGCACCACAUUGAAUCAGAAUCUAACGUUGACCUUUUGCCUGCCGGCCAAGGCGCAUCAGCUGCACAAGAAGGGCAGCAUGGUAGAUCCAGAGACAAUCGAUCGCUGUCUGCGCGCAUUGAAGCCUUAUCAUGGCAUGCUGCUGCUGGUGGACUUCGCGGAGCUGCUCGACUGCGUGCCACCGACUGGCGCUCGCAUGCUGUGGCAGUUGGUGGAUGCCUACAAUCCGUUGAUCAGCCUGCAGAGCAUGGCAUCCAAUGCGGAUCUGAGCAUCGAGCAUGUGUACAAGUUGGUCUCCCAUUUGGUCUACUGGGCCAAGGCAACCAUUAUCUAUCCUUUGUGCGAGACAAAUGUGUAUGUAAUAGCACCGGAUGCACCACUGCACACACGCUCCCAUCUGGUGGAGAAGUUCUCGACACGGUUUGCGGGCAUUUCGCUGUUCGAGGUGAUUUCGGACUUCUCGUUGCCCACGUCCAUUGGGCAUUUGACGACGCCUUUGCAGCAGCCGGCGCGACAGGGCAUACUCGCUCAGAUGGUGCUCUGGAUGCUGCAGCAUCACCUGCUCAUGCAGCUGCACACCUAUGUGCAGUUCAUGCCCAGCGACGUGGACGACGAAUUUGGGGACUCCGCUUCGUGUGCGCAUGUGGCCACCGGCAAUCUCACCGAGGAGGAGCAGGAUAGUAAUCACACCGAGGAAGAGUUGAAUCGUGACCGGGAUCCUGAUGAUGAUCCCGUGCAUGGUGGCUCCAUGCUGAGCAUGUCCAGCCAACCGUUGCCCAUGCCCGUGAACUCGCACCGUCGCACUCUGACGGACGAUCAUUUCUCCAUUGCCUCGGAUAAUAUUGCGGUGCAGCCAUCGUCCAGCCACAAGUCGAACUUCAGUAUGACGGCCUCCAUGAGCACGGACAAUUGUGAUAGUCUCGACUCUAUGGAGGAUGAGCAGAAGCUCAAGGAACUGCUCCAUGUCUUCAACGAUGCGGACCGCGCUGCCAUACGUCGCAUACCCGCCUCCCUCAACGUGGACGAUCUGUCGCUGUUGGUCAAGCUCUAUCAGAUGGGCUACUUCAAGAGCGAACACCAUCUGGAGGAGAUUAUGUAUUUUGAGAACUUGCGUCGCUCUCAGCUGCUGCAGCUGCUCGACAAGUUCCGCGACGUUCUGAUCUUAUACGAGACAGAAGAUCCGGCCAUAGCCUCCAUGUACAACAACAAAUAGAAUUUAUAAUAAAUAAAGCAUUCCAAAUGCAUUAUG